AGCAGCAACAGGUACGAAAUAAGAGUGACAGUUUCUUCAAGUUUAAAUUCUCUCAUUGCCGUAAUAAACAAUAUAGUACCUUAACCCAUCUUAACCUUUAAGCCACGACUGUCGCAUGUAGAUCGAGUUUCAUUGCGAUACAUCAUUAGUCGAGAUGCGAUCUAUCGACUUUAAUUUUUUAAAUGUCAUAUGAUUUUCGUGCGUAUUUCAUUUAAUUUUUAAGCACACAGAAUUUCUUUUUUAGUAGAAAAUAAUAUUUUAACAAUGUUGGAUCAAGUUCUAAAAAAAGAUUCUAUUUAUGUUAAUCAACGAGACCAGUUGAAAUUAUUACAUGUUGAAUGGUCAACUUUAUCAGAGAGUACAAUAUCAAAUGUUCAAACAACAGUUUUUCGAAAGAUACGCUCGGAAAAUCAGAUCGAGUCGAAUGUAAAUUACGACGACCUGUGUGGACCUUGGGUUUACUCAACAAAUCCUUUUUAUAAUCGAUACGUUGAACCACCUAAACCAAGCUUAUGUAUUUGGAAAUAUUUUACAGAAGAAGAUUUAAUUUAUUUGAGAGAACAUCAAGAAAAUAAGGACACCAUACGUACUUUCUUUGAAAAUAAGUUGUCGAAUGCGACUGCGGGGACAAAUAAUACUGUUUUUAUAAAUUUGUUAUGGGAAUUUUUCAAGUUUGCUAGAUUAAAUUUAUUCACCGAGAAAAGCAUGUCCGCAUGCUUGGGAAUUAUAUACUUAACACAUACAUUUUUUCUUUCUUAUCCAUGGUUAACUGCCAAACAAGUUCAUGAAUUUUUCUAUAAAACCGUUUUACUACAUGUUAUUGUGGAAACCACCAACCAUUGCCAUGAACCGAUAUGCGUCGUGUUGCUUUUACAACAUUUUUCUGGACAAAAAGAAUCAUGCAAAUUUCUAUUAAUGAAGAUUAAUAUGAUGAAGAGUAAAUGUCUGCAUUCAAGUUUAAGUUGACUAA